AAGAAAAAGAAAAAGUAAGGAAAAGGAAAAGGCAGUAGAAGAAGAAUCAAAGAAGAAGAAUAUUAAGCAGAGAGAGAGAGAGAGAGAGAGAGAGAGAGUUCAACAAUUUUCUGGUUUGCCAAACAAAACAAAGAAUAAAAUAAAAAGCUUUACAGACAACGUAACGUAGUAGGGCAACUGAAGCUAAUAAGGCGGCAAAUCCUCUCUCUUUCUCUCUGGCAAAACCAUCUUCCCUUUUAACAAUUACAUCAACAAGAAAAAAAAACACCAUAAAUAAACAAAUAAAUGUUUUGAUCCAAAACAAGCAGGCUAGAUCUGAUUUCACAUUCUCUGUCUCUGUUAAGUGGAAUAGUUACUCGCUUUUAGAUCUUUAGCUUUAAUGUGGUGGUUGCCUCAAAGACGGAGACUGAUGCUGUAAUUUAAGUUUCAGAUUGGAAAACAGAAUUGGUACUCUGUGGGGCAUUGUAAAUUUGGAUCAGAUAUGGUAUUUUGGGAAGAUUAUCUGAGUGAUGAGGCAAUGGGUACUUUCGCCCCAAUUGUUGUUUAUUGGUUUUAUUCUGGAUUUUAUCAGCUAUUGCCGCCUUUGGAUAAAUACCGGCUGCAUACUAGAAAAGAGGAGAAAGAGAAGAACUUGGUGCCUUUGCCAAAAGUUAUUAAGGGUGUUUUACUUCAACAGCUUGUUCAAGCAAUCGUUGCUCAUGGGCUCUUUUGGUUGACCUCAUCGGCUGAUGCAUCUGGUAUCACAACCCAGCCCUCCAUUCCUAUCCAAAUUGUGCAGAUUAUUAUUGCUAUGUUUGUCAUGGACACAUGGCAAUACUUUGUCCACCGCUAUAUGCAUCAGAACAAAUUCCUAUACCGCCAUGUCCACUCUCAACAUCAUAAGCUAGUUGUCCCUUAUGCAAUUGGAGCCCUUUAUAAUCACCCACUGGAGGGUCUCUUGCUUGAUACAGUUGGUGGUGCGAUAUCUUUCUUAGUGUCAGGAAUGACUGCACGCACAGGUGUAAUUUUCUUCUGCUUUGCUGUGGUUAAAACUGUGGAUGAUCAUUGUGGACUUUGGUUGCCUGGCAAUAUCUUUCAUAUUUUUUUCCAGAACAAUACUGCUUAUCAUGACAUACAUCAUCAACUCCAAGGUACAAAGUAUAAUUAUUCUCAGCCAUUCUUCUCUAUAUGGGAUAAACUUCUAGGAACCCACAUGCCUUACAAUCUAGUAAAGCGAGCGGAGGGUGGUUUCGAGGCAAGGCUGAUGAAAGACUAGUUCAUAUUUGAUGGUUUGCUGUAUCAUUUCAAGUUAUCACUUAAUAGAAGGAAAUUUUUUCUUGGUUGAGACUGCCAUUCUUGGGAAGUUGAAUUAGAGUUGGUUGUUGGUGGUUAAUAUUCUAGGCUUCCAGCUGGAGUCCUUUUGGGCAUUCAUCCCGCUUUUCUAUGACUGCGUAUUCGUUUCAUUGGUUAUGGUAAUUUCACCAACCUACCCAAUGAAUUGUAAUUGUGAAGUCCUGUAUGUAGCAUAUAUGUUCUGUGCUAUGUUGAUAUUGAUUUUGCUGAACAGGGUUGAAGUUGUUUAUUCAGAAAUCUAAUUUGAAAAUGUGCAGGAUUUGAAUUC